AGCGGGCCGGCCCCUGGCCAGCCCCGCCGGCGCCAUGGAGGAGGGCUCCAGCUCGCCCGUGUCCCCCGGGGACAGCCUGGCCACCAGCGAGGAGGAGCUGGAGCGGCAGCCCAAGCGCUUCGGCCGGAAACGGCGCUACAGCAAGAAAUCCAGCGAAGACGGCAGUCCGACGCCCGGCAAGCGGGGCAAGAAGGGCAGCCCGAGCGCGCAGUCCUUCGAGGAGCUGCAAAGUCAGCGCAUCCUAGCUAACGUGCGGGAGCGCCAGCGCACCCAGUCUCUCAACGAGGCCUUCGCGGCGCUGCGCAAGAUCAUCCCCACGCUGCCCUCGGACAAGCUGAGCAAGAUCCAGACACUGAAGCUGGCCGCCAGGUACAUAGACUUCCUCUACCAGGUCCUGCAAAGCGACGAGAUGGACAAUAAGAUGACCAGCUGCAGCUACGUGGCCCACGAGCGCCUCAGCUAUGCCUUUUCCGUGUGGCGUAUGGAGGGCGCCUGGUCCAUGUCUGCUUCCCACUAGCGCCCACCACAGCCCAGAC